AUCUUCGCAAGGACUCAAGAGAAUACAAGUGCAUUAUUCUGCGACAUGAACGCUGCACGGAGACUCCUCCGCCUCAGGGCUCCCGCCGUCCCAAAGCCGGCUUCUAGGCAGUACGUGUCCCUGGAGCGGAUCAAGCAGUUGCAGGCAGAGUUCCAGAAGGACGAUGGCCUACCGAUUCACUUGAAGCGUGGAAAACGUGAUCUGUAUAUGUGGAGAUUCAUCUUCGGCGCUACCAUGAUUGCGACUGCGAAUUCCGUUCGCAAUCUGUAUUUGUUGGUGAAUAAGAAAAUCUAAAUGGUAGCGACAAGAAGAAUCCGCGAAAUCUAGUGAAUAAAUACUUUCUCUGAACGUAA